AUGAGAGUUUAUGCACCAGCUCCAUCAUCAUCAUCUCCAUUAUCACCUAAGUGCAUCAUCAGCAUCAUCAUCAGCAUCCUCAUCAGCAUCAUCAUCUGCAUCAUCUGCAUCAUCCCCAUUAUGAUGGACUUCAACAGCACUGAGUCCUGGGUGUUCGUCAACACUUCAUUCCCCCUCCUGCCUGUCAUAGCCAGUCCCACUAACAGGAGUGGCAUGGAAGAGGGCCUCUACAACGACUUCUAUGGCUUCUGGAUCGCACUCAUGGUCAUAAACUCUCUCAUAUUCCUGGUUGGCAUGGUGCUCAACGUGGUGGCACUGUAUGUGUUCUGUUUCCGCACCAAGCAGAGGACCACCUCCGUGAUCUACACCAUCAACCUGGCGGUGACGGACCUCCUGGUGAAUCUCUCCCUGCCCUCUCGUAUCCUGCUCUACUACAGCAGAGGAGCCUGUCUCACCUGCUCCUACCUGCACACCUUCAGCUACUUUGUCAACAUGUACUGCAGCAUCUUGUUUCUCACCUGCAUAUGUGUCGACCGCUACCUUGCCAUCGUGCAGGUUGAAGCGUCCCGUCGGUGGAGGAACUCCGGCGUGGCCAAAUGUGUGUGUGUCUCUGUCUGGCUCUUUGCCAUCGUGGUCACCUACUCCUUCCUCUCCACUGCUUUCCAGCACACGGGCUGCUGCCUGUCCAAACUCCUCUUCCUCACCAUCACUGAGUUCUUCCUACCCCUCGUCAUCAUCGUGGUGUUCACCGUGAGGAUCAUGUGGGCCCUGGCCGACCGUCGUCUGAUGCAGCAGAGCAGGGAGAGGAGGAAGAGGGCCGUCCAGCUGCUGACCACAGUGCUGAUCAUCUUCACCGUGUGCUUCACACCCUUCCACGUUAGACAGGUGGUGGUGUACUUCUACCCCGACAUGCCUCAUCAUGUCAUCACCUAUCACUUGACCGUCACUCUCAGUAGUUUGAACAGCUGCAUGGAUCCUGUCGUCUACUGCUUCGUUACAAAUAACUUCCAGUCCACGAUGAGACAUCUUUUCCGUCGUGCAGAGCCUGAUCACACCAGCGGCGACAUCAUCAGCAUGCAGCACAGCUCCAAGGCCUCGGCAGCGACGGCCAACGCCAUCGACAAGAACAUGAUCAUGAUGACUAAGAUCCCUGCUCCACUACAGAGUGACACUGAGGGAAAGAAUCACACAGUGUAA